AUGCCAACAUGGCACCUGAAGCCCUUCUGCCGACGGCGGUUUAAAACUUUUCUAAUCUCAACAAUCGCGCUUUCGUUUCUGGGGCUUCUAAUACUUCACUCACAAUCUCAGAAAGAUUUUUAUCAAGCCAUUAGGAAUCAGCAAUUCUCGGGUGGCAUUUUGGAAGAGAGCGAGGAUGGGCCUCCAUAUUUAUUAGGAAGCCUGGAAACUCUGAAUUCUCCAGUAGAAACGAAGCAUGCGUUGUAUCAAUCAUUUGAGGAUGAGGUUAAAGCUGCAAACUAUCACACAAACGAUCUUUUCAACACCUUCCAAAGUGAUCAACAGCCAAAGGGGAAUCGCGCAGUCCCAACAAACUCCAAGGAAAAGCUAGAAGUCUUCUUGCUGCCGUUUACCCAUGUGGAUCCAGGCUGGCUGCGAACUUUCGAUAGUUACAGCCAGGAUACCGACAAUAUUCUGACAAAUAUGCACGAUUUUAUGAUACAAGACAAGAAUAAGGCCAUGCGUUUCCUUUGGGCAGAGUUUGUGUUUUUUGAAAGAUGGUGGGCAAAGCAGAAUGAGACGGUGAAAAAAGGCGUCAAAAAAUUGGUGACCGAGGGUCGCGUUGAAUUGGCUUCCGGGUCCUGGGUAAUGACGGACGAAGCUAAUGCGUAUUUUCCGGUUUCGGUUGAUAAUAUCGUUGAAGGCCAUCAAUACCUUCAGCAUGAGUUUGGCAAAGUCCCAUCGACAAUCUGGUCAAACGAUCCAUUUGGCUAUAGCCAUUCUGUGCCGUAUCUUUUUGCUAAAGCUGGGGUCAAGAGGAAUGUGAUCAACCGUAUUCACCAUCCGAUGAAGCGGUGGCUGCAGUCGCAGAAAGCUAUUCCUUUUCAUUGGCGGCAAUAUUUUGAUAAAGAUGGUAAUAGUGAUGUCUUAACUCAAAUUCUACCUUAUACUCACUACGAUAUAUUAAAUUCGUGCGGACCAGACUCGUCAGUCUGUUGCCAAUUUGACUUCCGCCGUAUGACCCAGUGGGGUUGUGGAGGGCCAAAACCUGAAAAUAUCGAUGGUAAUAAUGUUAAACAAAAAGCCGCGAUGUUUGUGGAACAAUUGAAGCGUAUGGCCCAAAUGUACGAAUCGAAUGUGCUGCUUGUGAUGCAUGGCGAUGAUUUCCGAUUUGAGCUUAUGAGUGAAUGGAAUCAACAACACGACAACUUUGUACCGCUUUUUGCUGAAAUUAAUAAGGGCAGUGAGGUGUCGAUAAAGUUUGGCACGUUCAAUGAUUACUUCACGGCUUUGGAAAAAUGGUACAAGGAUAAGAAGAAGUCACCGGCUAAAAUCUCCGGUGAUUUCUUCCCAUAUCAAUGCGCCAUGGGAUCUUGGUGGACGGGUUAUUUCACAACUAGACCGUUCUACAAGAAACAAGGAAGAUUACUACAUAGCCAAAUCCAUGCCGCGGAUGCACUAUUGGCCCUAAAAAGCCGAACCCUAUCGGUCGAUGAGAUCAAAGAAUACCAAAAGAUCCUAACAAAAUCGAGACGCGCACUCCUGCUCUUCCAACAUCACGACGCUAUUACGGGCACCAGUAAAAAAUCGGUGAUGAAAGAUUACUCUAUUCAGCUCCAUAAUGCUAUUAUUGCGGUGCAAGAUGUGAUGUCAAAACUGAAUUCAGGAUUUCAAGCGCUGGAGAAACCGAUGGAUUUUGACAAAAUUCCGGCGGGAGCCUUACUGAAGGUAUACACCGGGAAACCAAUAACGAUCUCGAUGUUUAACCAACUGCCCCAUCCUCGCGCGGAAGUUAUCACAUUGAAAGUGCACUCCGCAAAUGUUGUAGCGCUGCAAAACAAUACCAUCUUAAACUCGCAAAUCGAGCCGUUGGUGGUUGGAGGGGAUAUUAAAGCGGAGAACUAUACGAUGGCCAUCGAGGUCAUGCUCAGCCCAUUGGCUCGAAAUACUAUUUCGUUGUUCCUACGAAGUGAUCUGGCGGAAAGGGGCGUUUCCGCUCCAUCACCAAGUUUGGCAAAUGUGUUUCUGCCAAAAGCACACGAGGCUCUUGGAGUGAAGGUUCCAAAGGAGUUCAAAGUCAAAGAAGUCGAAGUCAAGGAUUUGACCCUAGAAAAUCACAGGAUAAAAACCAUGCAUCGAGAUGAUGGCAUGCUUAAGCACAACCUUGCGGCAUACACUGGAGCCCGUGGUGGUGCUUAUAUCAUGGCUUCCGGCGUGAAAGCUGCUUCGGAAUUACAACUUCCUGGCAACCGUGUCAUGCUCAUCAAGGGGCCAGUCCGAGAUGUCAUUCACAUACUGGCGAAUAGCGACGUACCGCAGCAAACCUAUGCCCUGAAUAAUUUGACUGGUUCCGCCGGUGAGAGGAUACACUGGAAAGUGCAUAUGGAUAUCACCAAGAAGAAAAAUUUUGAGCUGGCAACGCAGUUUACAGCGUCGUUAAGCCAAAAUACAACUUGGCAUUAUACGGAUAGUGUGGGAUUGCAGUUGAUUCGCCGAACUCCACACCAUGGUCACGAUGUGGGAUCUGAUUAUUAUCCAAUGCCUACAGCCGCUGUGAUGGACGAUCGCGUUUUGCGGUUGACCAUCGCUUCAAAUGUAGAACACGGGGCUAUGUUUCCGAGAAAUGGCAGUGUCGAAAUCAUGAUUGAUCGUAUGCUAAAUCAGGAUGACGGUAAAGGCCUGGGAAUCGAAGACGACGGCAUUCCAAACGAUAUGAAACCCACUGAAAUCGAUUUUACGAUACUAUUGGAGCAGGUCACAGAGAAAAAGAGGAAUGACCACCUAAGCUACAACUCACUAGGCAGUCACUUGUCAUUACUUUCACUACUCUACCCACCUGUCCUCCAGGCAAAUGCUGGAGAUUUAGAGGGCAAAUUGGCCACAAAUUCUUUACCUCAACUCGUGCUCCCCUGUGAGUAUCAGCUUGUUUCCCUUCGAUGGCUCUCCUCACCUUCUGAUGAUAUUUUGAUGAUCAUUCACCGUAAUGGAAUUGAUACUGGGACGGCAUCGAUGGUCCAUUGUAUCACCCAUGGAUUUAAGGGCAUCAUCCGUCAAUUCCUGCGUGACCUUGGCGCAAAAGUUGUUAUACGAACAAAUCUCAGUGGUGUUACAAUGUCUACCAAAGAGUUGCAAACCAUCGAUGCGCUCGAUCUCGAUGUGGCUGUCAUGGAUUUCUUGGUUCUCAAAAUUUCAAUC